UUGGCCGUUGAUCACAUUAUAUCAGAUCUAAAGCGAGACGAAAACAUGACUUGGCGUAUGUUUGUACUAUCCUUAUUGCUAGCCUUAGUAUUUCGACAUGUAUUCAUUGUCAUGAAGUCACUGGGAUUUCACAAGACUGUAUACAACCAUCGACCCGGAGAAUGUACACUCGUACCAGGGAUAAGUAAUGGAUCAGAAGAUUUGGAGCUUCUUUCAGACGGUCUGGUCCUGAUUUCAUCUGGGUACCCAACCUUAAAGAAUCGCGUCGCAUCCUCACCCAGAGGUCAUAUCUAUGCAUUUGACCUAAACGAUGAUGACGUCAAGGUCAAAAGGUUAAAGAUCACAGGGAACUAUGACCCCGAUGACUUUCGCCCCCAUGGAAUCAGCUCGUUCGAAGAUCUGGAUACAGGAAGAACGUUUGUGCUCAUUGUAAACCAUCUUGUAAAUGAUGGCGUCAUCGAUGUUAUUGAGAUCUUUGAGCUUCAUCGUCAGUCAAUGACAUUGAAAUUUAUUAGAACAGUCAAUGACCAUCUCAUGAAAAGUAUAAAUGACGUCGUCGCGGUAAGCAAGGACACAUUCUAUUUUACCAACGAUGGACGAAGUUUGAGUCCAGGUAUCCGGCUUAUAGAACAACUCUUACGAUUUAGAACCGGUGGAAUAUUCUAUUGUGACGUUACAUCAUGUGAUCAGGUCGGUGAGCCACUGCUAGAACCGAAUGGAAUCCAGCUAUCACGUGAUCAACGGUAUGUGAUUGUCUCACAGCCAUUCGAGGAACGAAUUCAGAUCUAUGAGAGAGAGGAUUGGAGACUAAAAACAAACAAGCCCAUACAGAGCAUCCACGUUGGGACCGCACCAGAUAACGUGUUUGUAGAUGAUGAAGGUGAUCUGUGGUUAGGAUGUCAUCCUGUAGGCUUUAGAACUCUCUUACAUAUGGAAGACACCAAACACAUAGCACCGUCACAGGUUAUACGAAUCAAGUUUAACCAGUCAGAUGAGCCCUACCAAAGUUUUGACCUUGAGGAGAUUUAUAGUGAAGAUGGUCUGAACAUCUCGAUGUCUUCUUCAGCUGUUUACUACAACAAUCGUCUGCUUGUUGGUACAGUAAGGACAGGGCUACUCCACUGUAUGGUUAAAGCCAUAUAGUUAACUGGUCGCGUUCAUACUUGUUCACUGUGUGAUUAAAAAAACGGUUAGAAUUAUUCAUACUACUAAUAAUAAUAUAG